AUGGUCUCGGACGAACAAUACGAACUUUGCUUGCCGAUCUUGCAGGAUACCGCUCUCGAGGAUGAAGACAAGACGGACAAGCUCGAGGAGCUGUUGAAGAAGCAGACCAAUCUGACCGGCUCUUCACUCGACAAUGUAGUCCUCGAUGCCCUUUGGCGAUUCCGAGAGGGCGCCGCCGUCUCGGCCUCUCCACCUCCCAUCCGGCAGUCCAUCCUCAGACGCCCUUCUCCUGCAUCAUGGCGUAACACGGCGACGCCUGCCUCGGGUUCUCCACGUCUCGGUGUUAGUCCCCUGGCACCUCCCGGCUUCGUACCCUCCACAUACCGAUCGAUAUCAUCCACGGCAUCGCCCUUUUCGUCCCCCCGAGCCUCGCCUCGCUUAGCUUUUGCAACCCCUGCGAUACCUCAUAGCCCGAGCCUCAACGCUUACGAAUUUGCUAGCGACUCAACUCCUGCUGCAGAAAUCCUCGGCGACUAUCAGACUGAAAAUGUGGAAUGGCUAGUCAAUGACGAUGCUGCCAGCGUUUCGUCUGCCGGAACCUCGACUGGUCUGAAUGCUGCGGCCCCAGAAUUCUCAUCAUCCAUGUCCGCACAGCAGCUCGACAUGUCACCCUAUGACAUGCUCCGCUCUAUCCUGGGUCACUCCCAAACCGACGACGAGAUUGAAAAUGCGCUUGCUUCCCAUGGCUAUGAUUUGAGCGCCACCAUUGCAUCCAUCAUGGAAAGCCAGGCAGCUGAGGGCAACUACACUACUGAUGAACCCAGAAAUGUCCUGAUCGGGAAAUCCAUAGCCUCAGAUAGCCGCCCGGCCACGCCCACCCCGGCCCAGAAGGCUGGUGUCAUUUGCAAGUUCUACAUGUCCACCGGUCAGUGUCUCAGGGCGGACUGCCGCUUCAGCCACGAUCUCAGUAAUCAUUUGUGCAAGUACUGGGUCAUGGGGAAUUGUUUAGCUGGCGAAACUUGCAUCUUUUCCCACGAUCCGGCCAAGUUAGCAAGCAAACUUUCCUUGGACGGCGCCAGCACUCCUCCCUCGCGGGCCCACUCUGCCUUGCAUCUGCAAGACCUUAACUCGUUUCCUUCACUUAGCUCAGGUGCUUCAGAUGGAUACCACAGCGGAACCGCCACACCUCCGCCUGGUUUUCGACCUUAUCAUGGCACAGACAGCCCUCGUUCACGAUCUCGUCCUAGUAGUCGCCAUCAUACGAAAGAGGCGUCAAUGGUUGCACCCUCUUUGGAUGACAACGAAGCAUUCCCGACUCUGGGAUCAGCUUCACUGAAGCAGGGCAAGAAACAUCACGGCAAAAGAGGUGGCCAUGGUCAUAAAGAAAAUGCUGUUCCCAGCUCGCUUGCCGACAUAGUAAAGACGGCACCUUCUCCCGUCCCCGGCAGCUCGCCCCGUCUGGAAUCCCGCAAGCUCAACGGAGGCGCAGUGUCUUUCAAGAACGGGGAAAACAGCGCCGCGGCCCUCGCGAUUCCCAGUCCGAAGCAUAUUCCGUGGUUGGAGACUGGCGAUCGCGCCAACAAGGCAUACUUGAAGGCUCGCCAGGAAGCCAUUAAGCACGGUGGACUGCGAAAUAAAUUUCUUCAAAGUGCGGCGCAAGCCUGGAAUCGCAAUGAUGCUAGAGCGGCCAAGGCUCUCAGUUUGCGCGGCCAAAGCGAAAAUGACUUAAUGCGGCAAGCUCAUCGUGAGGCUGCUCGCGAACUCUACGAGGAGCGCAAUAAGCCAAUCUCCGACAUGGCCGAGAUAUAUGUUGACCUUCACGGUCUGCAUCCUGAUGAAGCCGUGGAAUAUCUAGAAAAGAUUCUCAUGGACAACGGCAAGGAAUCACGACCUGUCUAUGCCAUCACAGGCACCGGAAACCACAGCAAAAAUGGAAAGGACAAGGUUGGCAAAUCUGUCAGGAACUUCCUCAACGAAUGGAGAUAUGCAUACCGUGAGUUUUCCGUUCCAGGCGACCGGAACAACAUGGGCGGUAUAUUGGGCAUAGACGCAAGAAGCUGGGAUAAAUCACUAGCUAGACAAGACGACAAGUCGGUAGAUAUUCUUAGCCAGGGCGUCGAGAUUGGCGACGGCAAAGUCAGGCUCUUGGUUCGAGACGGCCCCAAGACGGCUGCCAGCGCGAGACGAUGA